CGGCUAUCAAGUGCUCCCAACCACCCAAUUUCCCUACUUGUGGACCUUUCUGGAGCAGUGACCCCUCCUAACAAGACUGGGCCUUUCCACGGCUGUUGUCUCACACAAUUGGGUGCUCAGAGGGGUUGCGCCUUAAGCCAAAAGCAUUCAAAAGUUCUUUGUUCCGAGUUUUAGCAUACAUUCGGCGCAAAAACAAACAACCGGGAAGGGAGACAGUGUGUGUCGCAUGGAAAUCCGCACCUGUACAAUUGCCCCUCACGUACCAACUGACUCACUUGUACAUUUAUAAAAUAAUCCAUUUUUAAUCGCGCAAGACUUGUCAUCACCAUGCCACCGAAGACAGGAAAGGGUCGCAAGGUAACCGCCGUGCCGCGAGCAAAGGCGGACGGUGCCGGAAAAGAAAGCGCAGCUGCAGGCCCAUCCAGUGCAGCUGCAAAAGGUUCCCCUUCAAGUAGAGGACGCAAGCCCACUGGAGGUGCUAAAGCGGGGAAGCGACCGGUUGGUCCAUCGAGAAAAUCAAAUGUCCAACCUGGAGAUCCUACCCCUCAGGGCCGCCAUCGCCGUUACAAACCGGGCACUGUUGCCCUCAAAGAAAUCCGCAAAUAUCAACGCUCUUAUGACCUCCUUUUACGGAAGCUCCCAUUCGCAAGACUUGUGCGCGAAGUUGCAUUGGAUCUACUCCCCGCAGAUGUGGGAUCCGAGUUGCGCUGGCAGUCGCAAGCCAUCAUGGCGCUGCAAGAGGCCGCGGAGGCCUUUCUUGUGCAUCUAUUCGAGGAUACCAACCUAUGUGCUCUACACGCGAAGCGAGUGACUAUCAUGCAGAAGGAUAUUCAACUGGCUCGGAGAAUCCGUGGCGCUUGGGGUGGAUUAGGCUGAACGCGCAUUUGGCCUUGAGACGCAGUUAAGAAAAACAAGCA